UUUAUUCAUAACCGGAAAUAGCGGCAGUGACGCAGGAAACGGGACUUUCCGCCCGUCUCGAGACAUUACGAAACGGUGCCGCUGAAGUUACAGGAGUGCCACUAUCCCUACCAAAAGAAGGAUAACAUUUUCUUAUUGUGAUUGUACCAUUCAACUAUGGAGGCGUAGACGCCCCAAAAGGGAUGUCCGAUACGGGGGGAGGGGUUUGAGAGCACUUAUCCCUUGGUCUGUGUGUAUGGUUGAGGGUUGAGAAUUUUUUUAUUUUACUCAUAAUCCCAUAACACAUGUUUAAGCUUAAAUGUCUAGGUAAAAUGUUGAUAAUGUAUGUGUUGAAUGCACACAAUGAUAAAUUAUUCACAGAUCCAGGGUGAUCUAACCACACCCUAAGAUGAUAAUACAGGUGUGAGAAUUAAUUUAAUUUGUCAGCUUCUGUUGUUACAGGACAGGGUGUAGUGUUUUGCACAGGGUUCUUUUUGAGCAUUAUUUAAAGGAGUGGGUAGAGAAGCAUGUAAGUUUCUAGAGUUAUGGCAAUAGCACAGAUAAUGCAGGUUGAUGUGUAAAUAAGAGGUGGUACACAGGGGAAAAGAGAACCAUUGGAUAUUGGACAUGAUAUGUUAAUGGUAGUCAGGCUGGUAGUUUUGUUUCUCGCUCACAUGAGCGCUUAAGUUUCAUACUAAGGCAACCUUCACUUUCUUUUUCACUGUCUUAACAUGUGGGUUAAACCCCCUCCUCUCUAACUUAACCUCUAUUCUUCAUUUGUGUAUGUGUAAGUGAGUGACUGAGUGAGUGAAUGAGACCUUGGGUAUUCUCAGACCUCUCCCCCCAAUGGUGGACAUCUCUUUUACCUAAUAUCACUGUACUUCAAUCCAAGAAUGGAAACACUUGUUCAGCUGAAAAACAACCAGUUUUUGAUGGGUCUGUGUCGCAACGGGCCACCACCUGAUCUGCAGUAUGACAACUCCUCAGAGCUCUUCCGCAUCUCCACUUUUGCCCGAUUCCCAGCCUCAGGAGUCACUGAACGGAGUUUAGCGAGGGCAGGUUGGUUCUACACUGGUGUUGGAGACCGUGUGCAGUGCUUCAGGUGUAAUGUGACCGCAGAAGGCUGGCAGGCUGGAGACUGUCCAACAGAGAAACACCGACAGCUCUCUCCCUCCUGCUCCUUCAUCCAGAGCCUCCCCUCUACUGCCAACCUGCUGUCCUCCUCUCACUCCGCCUUCUCCCCUCUCCGCAUCGCUCCAGCCAUACCACUCUCUGCUCCAGGCCCACCUGGUCCAAACACUUCAGUAAACCAAGGUGAAGAGCCGGUGGGCUACCUAAAUAUGGGCUUCUCUGCUCUGCCGCCUUCCAGUCCGCUUAGCUCUCGCGGUGUAGAAGACAUGUCCCAUCAAAGACCAACAUGCCACAACCCCAGCAUGCGCAGAGAGCAGGACCGUCUGGAUUCAUUUCACUCCUGGACACUCUCCAUCAUCACCCCUGCUGAGCUUGCUAAGGCUGGCUUCUACUACCUGGGCCAGGGCGACCGAGUGGCCUGUUUCAGCUGUGGAGGACAGUUGAGUAACUGGGAACCAGGUGACAGAGCUGUAUCCGAACACCAGAGGCAUUAUCCAAACUGCCGUUUUGUCCGAGGGGACAGAGCUGACAACGUGUCACUGGCUGGAGCUGCAGGUGCUGCACCUGGAGCCGUUACUGCUCAGCUAUCAGCAGGAGCUCCAAUCCUCAGUAAUGUGUCUAAUCCAGCCAUGCAGCAGAGUGAGGAAAGACUGCUCACCUUUGUCAACUGGCCAUCUCGUAUUCCUGUGAGGCCGGAUCAGCUGGCUAAAGCUGGCUUUUACUAUGUAGGUCGCAAUGAUGAUGUGAAGUGUUUCUGCUGCGAUGGAGGCCUACGAUGCUGGGAGUCUGGAGAUGACCCUUGGGUGGAACAUGCUAAAUGGUUCCCACGAUGUGAAUAUUUGCUACAAGAGAAGGGACAAGAGUUUGUUCACCAGAUCCAGGCCCGUUUUCCUCGGCUGUUUGAGCAACUUUUAACAAAUGGAGAUGGUUCCAGAGAGUUUGUGGAUCCACCUGUGGUUCACCUCGGUCCAGGUGAAGAGCGUUCCGAAGACGCCGUCAUGAUGAACACACCUGUGAUUAAAUCAGCCUUAGAGAUGGGCUUCGAUCGCAGUCUAGUCAAACAGACAGUUCAGAGCAAGAUCCUGACAAGUGGAGAGAACUACAGAACAGUCCAGGAGCUGGUGUCGGACCUGCUGAGUGCUGAAGACCAGAAAAGGGAGGAGGAGCGUGAGAUGUUAGCAGAGGCUAUGGCAUCUGAUGGCUUCACAUUUGUGAAGAGGCACCAGGCUGCACUGAUCCAGCGUCUGAAGAGCGUCGAGCCAGUACUGGAGCAUUUAAGAGAGCAAAAUGUGUUAACUGCUGAGGAGUACAGUGGUCUUCAGGCUCAGACUACGGCCCAACAGCAAACUGCCAGGCUCAUAGAGCUCGUCCUCACCAAGGGCAAUGCCGCUGCUGAGGUUUUCCGCAACUGGAUCCAGAAAAAUGAUGUCCACCUGCUCAGAGAUCUCAUGGCCCAGUCUAAUGAAGCCGCAUCACCAAGCCAAGACCUGUCAGACCUCCCCAUGGAGGAGCAGCUGCGGCGGUUACAGGAGGAGCGGACCUGUAAAGUAUGCAUGGAUAAGGAGGUCAACAUUGUGUUCAUCCCAUGUGGACACCUGGUGGUAUGCAAAGAGUGUGCACCGUCACUGCGCAAGUGCCCCAUCUGCAGAGGCCUGGUUAAAGGCACAGUCCGAACCUUCCUCUCGUAACCACCGGGCCAUGCUCCUUAUUUAUCACAGCGAGUAGUUGAAUGUAAGCAAUAUGUUUAUUUUGCAGGAAAGAAGCGCAAGGAGCUUUUACCGACUGGUGUGAAUCCAAAAACUGAUUUGAAAUGCCUUUGUGGUCUUAAUAAAGUAUGAAGAAAUAACAUUUAAGAAUUUAGACAUUUUAGAACGCCAUACUGUUCUGUAUAACUCAUAUGCUGAAGAAUUCACUUCUAGGGGUUUGUUUCUUUUUAGCAUUAAAAACAUGUUCUCACAUGAUUAUGGUUCAUACUUCACAAAGCAAACUGACUUGUUCUACCCUAAAUGCAUUUGAUUCCAGCUUUUAAGCUGAAUUUGAGAUCUCCCAUUAGUUGAUGGGAUGGAAAUUUAGCAAGAAUUGCAUCCAUUUGAAACUGACAUGAUGUAACAGCAGACCACUGCCUUUGACUUCAAUAUUAUAAAAGAUCUGUUAACCUACUGUGUCCUUCACAAAUCCCAGCUUGUGUCAAAGUUGAAUCAUGUCCAUUUUAAUAGUUCAUGCCAAAUAUAACCAAAAGAGCUGAGCAAAAGUAGAUAGACUUAAGAACUCCAUCACCUUUUACUUCUUGUUUGGCUCCUACACUGUUGUUUUUGUUGACCUUUGUUUGUAUAUAUCCUCCAAGUAAAAAAAAAAAAAAAGUUUCAGUGCAAGAGUUCAGUUUACAUUCAGAAGUUGCCAAAUAUUUAAACAUUUUCAUGCAUCUAUAGUAAGACAUAUCAAACUAGGAUGAACCACUUAAAUACAAGUUUCAGAGUACAAUUGCAACUAAAUGAUACAUACUGGAUAUAUUCACUUGUGUUUUACCAAAAAUUAAAACCUCUACUAAGACUCAGUGUCUGGAGUCCUUUCCCCCAAAAUCCAUUGAGCAACAGUUGUGGCCUGAACCAGUUUGAGUCAAAAUGUCAUGACUGUCAGCUACAUGAUAUA